AUGAGCCUUACACAGACCAUCGAGUUGCCUAAUGGCGUCAAAUACGAGCAGCCUCUUGGACUGUUCAUCAACAACGAGUGGGUCAACAGUGUUGACGGUGGUUCCUUCGAGGUCAUCAACCCUACCACUGAGAAGGUCAUCACCUCCGUACAAGAGGCCUCCGAGAAGGAUGUCGACAUUGCCGUCAAGGCAGCCCGUGCUGCCUUCGAGGGCGAGUGGUCCCAGGUCACCCCCCAGGACCGUGGAAGGUACCUGAACAACCUUGCGGACCUCUUCGAGAAGAACAGGCUCCUCCUUGCCUCCGUCGAGGCCCUCGACAACGGAAAGGCCGUUUCUGAGGCCCAGGGUGACGUCCAGGCCGCUGCCAACGUCUUCAGGUACUACGGUGGGUGGGCCGACAAGGUCCACGGAAAGGUUAUUGACACCGCUCCCGGAAAGUUCAACUACACCAAGCAGGAGCCCGUCGGUGUUUGCGGACAGAUCAUCCCAUGGAACUUCCCCAUUCUCAUGUGGUCAUGGAAGAUUGGUCCCGCCAUUGCCACCGGUAACGUCGUCAUCAUCAAGUCCGCCGAGCAGACCCCUCUCUCCGCCCUCGUGGCCGCAACCCUCAUCAAGGAAGCCGGCUUCCCCCCGGUGUCAUCAACGUCAUCUCCGGUCUCGGCCGCGUCGCUGGCUGCCGCCAACUCCAACCUCAAGAAGGUGACGCUCGAGCUCGGUGGAAAGUCGCCCAACAUUGUGUUUGACGACGCAAACGUCGAUGACGCAAUCAGCUGGGUCAACUUCGGAAUCUUCUUCAACCACGGCCAGGUGUGCUGCGCUGGAUCCCGCAUCUACGUCCAGGAGGGCAUCUACGACAAGUUUGUCGAGGCCUUCAAGGCUCGCAUCACAAAGAACGUUGUCGGCGACCCCUUCCAUCCCGAGACCUUCCAGGGACCCCAGGUCUCGCAGCUCCAGUUCGACCGUGUCAUGUCGUACAUUGAGCACGGGAAGCAGGAGGGUGCCAAGAUCGAGUGCGGUGGCGGCCGCCAUGGUACCAGUGGUUACUUCAUCCAGCCAACCAUCUUCUCGAAUGUUACGGAGGACAUGAAGAUCAUGCAGGAGGAGAUCUUUGGCCCUGUCGCCUCCAUUGCCAAGUUUAAGACCCUGGACGACGCUAUUAGGAUCGGGAACAACACUACCUUCGGUCUGGCUUCGGCUGUUCACACUACUAGCUUGGCCACUGCCAUCGACGUCUCGAACCGCCUCAAGGCCGGAACUGUGUGGAUCAACACCUACAACGCCCUCCACCACCAGCUGCCGUUCGGUGGUUACAAGGAGUCCGGUAUUGGCCGUGAGCUGGGUAAGGCGGCGUUGGCGAACUACACGCAAACUAAGACAGUCUGCAUCAACUUGGCUGGCGGCAAGGACUAA